UUUAAAAAGACUAAUAAAAUCUUUCACAGGAAAACCACUCCAACCUUCUCUGUAUCCUCAACUUUUUACUCUUUCUUCAACAAACUUCCAUUCAUAAAUUUGGCAUACUUCAACUCUUUCUUUACAAACAAACAAAACACAUUCAUGGCUUAUAAUCAAGAAGAGCAAAAUGAAGAAGAGCACAAAAAAAUUCAGUAUCCUUUAGACUCAACAUGUUAUAGAAUUCUCGAUGAAAUUGGUCGAGGUGUUAGUGCUAUUGUGUACAAAGCCAUUUGUAUUCCUAUGAAUUCAUCUGUCGUAGCAAUAAAAGCUAUUGAUCUUGAUCAAUCAAGAGCUGAUCUCGACAACAUUAGACGCGAAGCCAAGACAAUGUCCCUUCUUUCUCAUCCAAACAUCCUUAAAGCACAUUGUUCUUUUACUGUCGAUCGUUGUCUUUGGGUUAUCAUGCCUUUUAUGUCUGCAGGUUCUCUUCAAUCCAUCAUUUCCUCUGCUUUCCCUGAUGGUUUAUCUGAGCCCUGUAUCGCCAUUGUCCUCAAAGAGACGCUCAACGCGUUAGCCUACCUUCACAAUCAAGGACACCUUCACCGCGAUAUUAAAGCAGGAAACAUUCUUAUAGAUUCUGAUGGAACUAUAAAACUCGCGGAUUUUGGAGUUUCUGCAUCAAUUUUUGAGCCGAUUUCAGGCUAUGGGUCGUCCUCUUCUUCCUCAUCUUCGUGUUUAAUGUUCACCGAUGUAGCUGGAACGCCAUAUUGGAUGGCACCUGAAGUGAUACAUUCACAUACAGGGUACAGUUUCAAGGCUGAUAUUUGGUCUUUUGGUAUUACUGCUCUUGAAUUAGCACAUGGAAGGCCUCCCCUGUCUCAUCUCCCUCCUUCAAAAUCCUUGUUCAUGAAAAUCACAAAACGAUUUCGAUUUUCUGAUUAUGAGAAAACAAAAAACAGCAAGAAUUACAAGAAAUUCUCAAAGGGUUUUAAGGAUAUGGUAGGAUUAUGUCUUGAUCAAGAUCCAUUCAGAAGGCCAACAGCAGAGAAACUAUUAAAGCAUCCAUUCUUUAAAAGCUGUAAUAAAGGCCCUGACUUUCUUGUUAAGCAUGUUUUGCAGGGCUUGCCAAGUGUGGAACAGAGGUUUAAACAAGUAAAUAUUCAGAGACUUUUGUCCUUAAAGAAAUCUGAUGGAGACGACGAUGAUGAUCCGGAACAUGGAGAAAUUUCUAAACAAAGAAGGAUCAGUGGGUGGAAUUUCAACGUGGACGGGUUUGAACUAGAUCCAGUACUUUUCCCAACUGAAAAAGAUCAAGAAAUUAGUAGCCUAAAGCCAAAUUAUGUUGAUGAUGUGGUGAAACAAGUCGAUGUAUCAGAAUUGUUUUCUGAUACAUCGACUAUAAGUUCACCAGGAGGUUCACGACAAUCGUCUGAGGUCGAAGUGGUUGCUAUGAAUUGUAGUGGAGAUAGAAGAAUUGGAGGUGAAAGUGUUAGUAGGGAAGUAAUGUUGGCUAGCUUAUUGUUUUUGAAAAAGAGUUUGGAUGAUCAAAGACAAAAUGUAAUGAAUUUGAUAAGCAUUUUUCAUGGGGAACAACAUGUUGUGGAAGUGAAUAAGAAAGACAAUUUGAUUGAGGUGAUUGAUAAGUUGAGAAAUGAAGUGGAGAAUGAGAAGAAGAAAAAUUCUGCUUUGCACCUCGAGAUAGAGUUUCUCAAGUCGCACUAUUCCAAUGAGUAGUA